AUGUCGAAGCCACAGAGCACCAACGGCAGCGAGUCUGAGUUUGAGUUCGUCGAGACUCCCAGAGCUCCCACGCCGACCUUCGAGAAGGCUGAGGAUUGCGGAGUGCGCACCACGUCGCUCCCGACCAUCAAGAAUGCCCCGUUACCGGCCGAGGGCUCCGGCACGGAGAGCUUCUCCAACCUCCUCCUCUUCUCCAUCCUCGGCGGUGUGCCGCUCUACAUGUCAUGGAAGGUCGGCGGUGGCUUGAAGACGACGCUCUUCUUUGCUCUCUUCACCACCCUCCCCCUGCUCGGCGCUUUCUGGUUGAUUGCGUCGAGCAUGUCGCCUCGUAAGAACGAGAAGGCCAGGCUUCCCGGCCGCGGCGUUGAGCACUACCUCACCUUCAAGAAUCCCGCCGACAAGGCCAAGUACCAGGGCCGCAACAAGAUUCCUAUGGAGACCUUCCACGAGAUGUACUUUGACGGCGAUGUUGACUUCAACGGCGAUGCCCUUGAGGUUCUCGAAUACCGCCACGACUGGGCCAACUUCCGUUUCACUCUGGGCCUGAUCAAGUACUUCCUUACCGGCAUGAUGCCCGAGGUUAUCAUGCACACCCGGUCCCAGGAUGAGGAGCAGGUUCGUGGCCACUACGACCGCGGUGACGACUUUUAUGCCUGGUUCCUUGGCCCGCGUAUGAUCUAUACCUCAGGAAUUAUCGGUGACAUAACCCGGGAGGAGACUCUGGAGGAGCUCCAGGACAACAAGCUCGCUGGCGUUUGCGAGAAGAUUGCCCUCAAGGAAGGCGAGACGAUGCUUGAUAUCGGCUGUGGCUGGGGCACUCUCGCCCGCUUUGCCAGCGUCAACUAUGGUGCCAAGGUUACCGGUGUCACUCUGGGCCGCAACCAGACUGCCUGGGGCAACGGUGCCAUGCGCAAGGUUGGAGUCCCCGAGGACCAGAGCAAGAUUCUGUGCAUGGACUACCGCGACAUUCCUGUGCCCGAGGGUGGCUACAAGAAGAUCACCUGCCUCGAGAUGGCCGAGCACGUCGGUGUCCGCCACUUCCACGGUUUCUGCAAGCAGGUCUAUGACAUGAUGGAUGAUGAUGGUGUCUUCUUCCUCCAGAUCGCCGGUCUGCGCAAGGCCUGGCAGUACGAGGAUUUGACCUGGGGUCUCUUCAUGAACAAGUAUGUUUUCCCCGGCGCUGACGCUUCGACUCCUCUCGGCUGGUUCGUCGAUAAGCUGGAGGGCGCUGGAUUCGAGGUCAAGGGCAUUGAUACUGUUGGCGUGCACUACUCGGCCACUCUCUGGCGUUGGUACCGGAACUGGAUGGCCAACAAGGACAAGGUCGAGGCUAAGUACGGCAAGAGAUGGUUCCGCAUCUGGGAGUACUUCCUUGCCUACUCGACCAUCAUCUCCCGCCAGGGCAGUGCCACUUGCUACCAGAUUGUUCUCCACAAGAACAUCAACGCGUUCCACCGUGUCGAGGGUAUCCCGACGCAGUACGGUCUCAGCGGCUCCACUGGUGCCACCAAGGCUGAUCUGAAGGCUUGGGCUGAGGCCAACGCUGCUGACUUCCCCAGCGUUCCCGUUCAGUAA